UUUUUUGUUUAUGAUUGUGUCGUUGGAAAAAUACAGUUACAGUAAAACAUUUUUUUUAAAUUUUUAAAAAGUUUGGACAGUAAGUUUUCCAAAAUUUUAAAACAUUUUAAAGAUACUGUUCCAACAUGAGUUCGUCUGAUGAUCUCUACAGCGACUUAAUCGAAGGCGAUUUAUGUAACCGAUUCAUGAGCCAGCUACUCGAAGCUGAUGAAAAUAAAAUUCCUUACAAGGAUGUUUCUCGUGGCAAAAUACGAUCUCCGGUUAUGUCACGGUCACCUCCAUUGCCUCGAUCACCGGUUGUUGAAAACAACAUGAGUAUCUUAAAAACGAUAACUCCAUUAUCCAAACCGAAAUAUGACAACCGUAACAACAACAACAACAAAAGCGAUAGUCGUCUCGAUUAUCUCGUCUACUCACCUGAUGAACCCAAAAACAACAUGAGGCAAUCAAGUCAUGGACAUAUUUCCAACGCUCAUCAUAUAUCCAUGUACUCACCUCCAAUGUCAAGAGGUACUAGCCCCAGCGGUCCACAUGCUGGGUUGUCACCUUUAGAGAGUUUGUCCAUAGCGCAAUUAUCAGCACUAGCGCCUUUCGGUUGUUACCAGUCUAUUCCUGCGCCAUUAUCUUACACACAGUACGGACACCCACCAUUAACACCAACGCCGCCACCCACACCGGACUAUAAUAUUUUGUCUCCAGUUUCGCCUAAUCCGGACCUCGACAUAGCCCGGCGUAAUUUACAUUUAUCACCGGUUGGAGUUCCAUACCAAGACCCGGAAUAUGGCGUAGGUAACGUCUUGAUGGAUCCACGAUGGACAACACUUAGUCAGUAUCUUGGCCAGACACAAGACCUCCUUGAUUUAGAAAGGCGUGGACAGUUAAGAACUGCUCAAGAAAUGAACGAGCCAUCUUAUACAUGGAGUGGUCAGCUUCCACCACGUAAUUACAAAAAUCCUAUCUAUUCCAAUAAAAUCUUCCUUGGUGGAGUUCCAUGGGACAUUACAGAAGGCGGUUUGCAACAAGCUUUUCGACCAUUUGGACCGGUAAAAGUAGAAUGGCCUGCGAAAGAAACAAAAAUUCAAAGAAACUCACCGAAAGGCCGAGGCUACUGCUACUUACUGUUCGAAUCCGAGAAAUCUGUGAAAGCUUUGCUGGCAAACUGUACACACGACUUCUCAAGCGGUGGAGAUUGGUAUUACAAAAUAUCGAGCAGAAGAAUGAGGUGCAAAGAGGUUCAAGUUAUUCCAUGGGUUCUUACUGAUAGUAAUUUUGUUCGAUCAGCAUCUCAAAAAUUAGAUCCAAAUCGUACUGUGUUUGUUGGUGGUCUGCAUGGUAUGAUAAACGCGGAAGCGCUGUGUCAGAUCAUGAAUGAUUUAUUCGAUAACGUCAUCUAUGCUGGUAUCGAUACUGACAAACAUAAAUACCCGAUCGGAUCUGGUCGAGUUACUUUCAGCAGUCAUCGAAGCUUCAUGAAAGCAGUACAAGCCGCUUUCAUUGAAAUAAGGUCUCCAAAGUUUACAAAAAAGGUUCAAAUCGAUCCUUACCUAGAAGAUUCCAUGUGUAGCACCUGCCAUAUCAGUCCUGGUCCGUUCUUUUGUCGUGAUCCUAUAUGUUUUAAGUAUUUUUGUCAUUCUUGUUGGAGCUGGCACCAUUCAUUGGAUAACCUAAGGUUGCACAAACCCAUGACCAGACACAGCAAAUCCAGUAGUGGUCUAAUGUAUUUCUAAUCAUGCUGCGAAGUUCUGUUUCGGUUACCGUCACGUUAGAGUUUUUGCUAAAAAGAAUAUAAAAAUAAAAUAAAAUAUGUUUACGUCUUGAAAAUAUUUUUUUAACAUGAAUUUAUUGUCGAUUGUUUUAAAGAAAGUAGAGUUUUUGUAGCAUAUAUUGUUCAUUUUCUUCCAUUGUAGAUUCUUGAUGAAAAACUAUAGAUAAUCUUAAUAGAUCUCUUACGCAAUAACCAUUACUGCGCAUGCGUUAAUUACUUUUACUGCGCAUGCGUCAAGAAUCUGCAAUAUUUUAAUGUAAUUUAUUAACGACCUGUUUGUUUUCUUUUAUUGAUAAUACUUUCGUUUUGUUUUACAUUCUGUUUUUGAUAUUUUAGUGGAUUUUUUUACUUCGUUUUUUUGCGCCUUAUAAUUUUCACAAUGCAACGAAAACAAAAGGAAAGCCUAACUUCUCAAAAAUCCGUCUUUGCUGAAGGGAAACAUAGUGCAAAAGCUCAACUAUACUACAACUAAAUUCCACCAAUUUGUUCACGAUUUUUCUGUAAAGUAGCUCCAAUGGAUAUAAGGUUUCUUGCAUUUUUUAGCUUCUUUUUAACGAUUUAUUAUUUGUGAUAUUCAUUUUAAUGCUCCCCAUCUUCACUGCGUUGAUGUAAAAAAAGCAACCUUAUAAAUAUUUGCACCGCUGAAGAGGGUACCAUUUUUAAAACUUCAUUUUGUAUUUAUUGAUUGAUUUAAAGUAGUUUAGAAACUCCAAUUGUGUUAGAGCUUAGAUAAAAAUAAUAAAAAAAAUUCUUUAUAAAGUUAUUGCAAGAAAAAUCAAUUUAAAAGAA